AUGGAAAAUAAAAGAAAGGUUAAUCCUAAGGAUUUCUUUGACACUUUGACAGAACUCGGAGUUGAAUCUUAUUUUGGGGUUCCUGAUUCUUUACUUAAAGAGUUUUGCGCCUACGUAACAGAUCAUGUUUAGGGAUAAAAUCACAUAAUAACCGUGAAUGAAGGAUAAUCUGUUGCCAUUGCUUCUGGAUAUCACUUGGCAACUUAAAAAGUUCCUAUGAUUUACCUUUAAAAUUCUGGAAUUGGAAAUAUAAUUAAUCCUUUAAUGUCUUUAGCUCAUUCUAAGGUUUAUGGUUUCCCUAUGCUCAUCCUUGUUGGAUGGAGAGGCGAACCUGGAGUUAAAGACGAACCACAACAUAUGGUGAUGGGUGAAUGCAUGGAAGAUAUGAUUAAAUCAACAAAAUGCAAAUAUUUCAUUUUGAGUAGAGAUAAUUAUGAAGAAGAACUAAAAAAGGCUCACUAAAUUGCUCUUGAUGAUAACUCACCCGUUUUUCUUGUGGUAGGAAAAGACUAUUUCAGCAAGUACAAUUUGCUAAAUAUAAAAACUAAUUCUUACUAAUUGAACAGAGAAGAAGCGCUAGAACUCCUACUAACAAAUCUUUAAGAAGGAAUUUUUGUGGGUACAACUGGGUUCCUCAGUAGAGAAUUGUGUGAAUUGAGAGAAAAAUUAGGACAUAAAACAAAUAUGGACUUUUUAACUGUAGGAUCCAUGGGAUAUGCAAGUAGUAUAGCUUUAGGCAUAGCACUAAAUUAAAAGGAGAAAAGGGUAUAUUGCUUUGAUGGAGAUGGAGCUGCUCUCAUGCAUUUGGGUUGCAUGAGUAUUGUUGGCUAAUUAAAACCCAGUAAUUUAGUUCAUUUCUUAUUUAAUAAUGAAUGUCAUGACUCCGUCGGUUAGCAACCUACUUGCGCAGAUGAAAUAAAUUUCCCUAAGAUUGCAUUAGGUUGUGGUUAUUCUUAAGCAUUUAAAGUAGAAACUCAAUCUCAAAUAGAAGAUAUUAUUUAAUAAAUAUUGGAUCAGUAAUCACAAUAGCAAGGUGCAAUAUUUAUUGAAAUUAAGAUAAAACCAGGAGCUAGAAGUGAUUUAGGAAGACCUAAAUAAUCUGCUACUCAAAAUAAAAUAUAAUUAAUGCAGUAUAUACACUCUCAAAGUUGA